CGGCGGAGGACAUGCCAUUCUUCAACAUCAUCGAUGAUGUCAUCAAGGAACUGGCCGAGUUCCUUGGUCGCUCAGGACCGUGGCACCAGCGCUUCCUCGACCUCCAAGACGUCUUCCUCUCGACGUGCUUGGAGCUGCAGGGUAUUCACCAAGUCAGAUGGCUCUCACGCGGCGAUGCCAUCGGACGGCUGGUGAAGGUCUUGCCAGCCAUCGUCGUCAUGCUGUCCGACGAGCGGCUGUGCUGGAGAUCCCCCAUUUCUGCCCCGUCCUUGCCGCCCUGCCAAAGGGUGACAAGGGUUUCUACACCGGCUUGAUGACCAUGCUGAAGUCUCCAGACUGGGAGGAUAGCUUCCCCAAUCUCGUCAAGCUGUG